AUGUCGAGACCUAUCUCUGUAGUAGUAGUUGAAAGACACAAUGAGGUUUUAAAUUAUAUAUACCGGGCUAUUGGAAGCAAAACAAUUUCCUUCUCUGGAUUGAAGCUAUUACAUUUUGACUCUCAUCCUGAUAUGGGCAUUCCUGAUGUUGAAUGUUCAGAAAUUUUGAGGGACCCUGAACAACUCAUGAAGAAAGUAAGCAUAGAAAACUGGAUAACACCAAUGAUAUAUGCUGGUCAUGUUGACCAUGUCAUCUGGAUGCACCCAACGUGGUCUCGACAGCUCCUGAAUAGGAAGCCAACAUGCUAUUCUAUCGGUGAAGACCUAUGCACGAAAAGAUUAGUGGUUGGCAUCCCUGAGUCCUAUUUCUAUAAUGAUGGUGUAUUCUGUAUGGAGGAGGAUAUUAGCUCUCCUGUGAAAUUCGGGCUAACAGUUGCUCCAAUUCAUGAAACAAAUACGUUAUGUAGAGUGUGUACAGAUAUCAUAUGUGUAUUGCUUAACCAGUCUUUUAUUCUGGAUAUUGAUUUGGAUACUUUUUCCACUCAAAACCCACUUUCUAAUAAGUUUACAGAGGAACAAUUCGAAAUUAUCGAUCGCUUGUAUGCUCCACCUCCACCACUUACUUUGUGUUUGUCUCCGAAAGAUUUGGAAGAUCCAGCCGUUAUUGUGGCUCAUGGUAUGAGCAGUGCUCAUGUUCUAAAUGCUGCUCGAAAACGUCAACUAACACGUCUUUCACAAUGGAUUUCUUGCUGGGAUCGUGGAACAAUUCCAUCAACUGAAGAUUUUCUUCUAUUUCCGUAUGAAUUAAUGGAGUUUUCUCGAUUAAUCCUCUCUCUGACUGAACAGAAAUUUAGUUCUACUGUCUUAAGAGCAGUUAAAAAGACUCUAGAUUUAGCUUACAAACAAACUACUCAUAACAAAAAUCCGCCAUUGAUUUCACUCGGUUCCGAUGAUGAAACCAUUCAAAAUGCUUUAAGAGAAUUCACUAAGGGCCCUGAUUCCAACCUGACCAGCAGCUUACUUUUGGACCAGAACACCUCGGAAAGUAAAGAUUCUUCAUUUGUAUCGGAUUACACUAGCCUUAUACCAAUGAAACGUCGUUCCAGUAGUCCUGGCAGUGUAUAUACAGAUUCAAAAUCUAAACUUCGUUCAUCCGAACCAUUUGUAACAUUUAUUAAUACGAGUCCGGCUGAAGUUGAUGAAAAUUGUCAAUCGUCAAACACUUCUCAGUAUUCUAUGGAAGUAGAUGAUGCGGAUACUUGUAAUCAUAAUGGUUUAAAUGAAAAUCGUAGUUUAAAAGUAGUUUUAACUAAAUUGGAAGCAAAUUCAAACACAUCUUGUAUAAUUGAUGAUGACAAUGAGGGUGGUGAUGUUCUAAGUGUUCAACAAUCUGCUCCUCCUCUAUCAAAUAAAUAUAGUGAAGAAAAUCUGAAUUUUAUGCAUUACUUAUGGUCUGGGUGCGCAGAUCAAAAAUACAAUGCAUUGCCACAUUCUAUAACCACUCCUAAAGAACAGAAUGAGUUAUGUGAGCAAAUGGAAGGUUUGUUAAAUCGUUUACACAAUCCUUGUAUGAUUACGAUUGCUAGAUCUGUGUGUGAUGGUUAUACUCCUACUGAUCAAGUAUCUACCAUACAACUCGGUUUAUUACAAAUGCUUGAUCGUGUUUAUGGGCGUAAUUUGCUUUCAGUCACUUUAGAUUACGAAAAUGCUGAGAGUGACAUAGAAACACUGAAUACAAUGGGAUUUCAUAUCGUUACUCCAGAAGAAUUUCAAAUGGGUGGUCGUCGUAUAUCACCGAUGUCGUGCCUCGCAAGAUCUGAAGGCACAAGUGUUGCUUAUCGUACCGAACCCGGUCGAAAAGAAAUAGUUUGA